CUCCUGCCAUGGUGUCCUUAGGCUUUCUUCCAACUGGGUCCUUGCUAGAGUCAUUAAUCCACAUCUCUAACGAGAUCACGUCCAUGGACAAGCUUCCAUUGGUGCAGGCUAAGAAUGUAUCAACAAUGAUGAGAAGGAUCAAGAUUCUUUCUUCAUUGUAUGAGGAGAUUCAAGAAACAAACAGACCACUUCCUCCAUCAUCAAUCCUGUGUCUCACUGAGCUUUUUUCUGUUAAUCGACGUGUCAAGCUUUUAAUACAGGCGUGCAAGGAAGGAAGCACUUUGUGGAACCUCGUGCAGACAGAGAUUAUUUCGAAUCAGUUUCAUGUGAUAGUGAAGGAGAUGGGGAGAGCACUUGAUAUAUUACCUCUGAGCUUGCUUGAUCUAACUGCAGACACUAAAGAGCAGAUUGAGCUUCUUCAUAAGCAAGCGAAAAGAGUCCAAUUGUUUGUUGAUACAAGGGAGAUUCAGAGAAAAGAGGAACUUCUCCAAGUUAUGGCUGCAAACAAUGAGAAGAACAGCAAGAACAAGGGCCUCAUUGACUUGAGGAAAUUGAGAGAGAUCUUAAACAGCAUUGGUUUGAGAAACUCAUUUGAUUAUGACCAAGAAAUAUCGAAGUUAGGGGCAGAAGCUGAGAAACAGGCAGGCACUGGUGGGCUCAUCGUGGUUUCCAACAUCAACAAUCUUGUAUCCCUUGUUUCAUUGUCCAAAUCUAUGAUAUUCAACGGGGAACAAAAUGAGAAAAGCAAUGAAGACUUGAGGCAGCGGACAGCAUCAUUUAGGCAUCAAGAUCAUCAUUCUUCAUCUUCACAAUCAAUGGUAUUUAACAUACCCGAUGAAUUUCGCUGCCCCAUUUCACUUGACUUGAUGAGGGACCCUGUGAUAGUAGCAUCAGGGCAAACUUAUGAUCGAAAUUCUAUCGCCCAGUGGAUAAAUUCAGGGCACCACACAUGCCCAAAAAGCGGGCAGAGGCUAAUUCAUAUGGCCCUCAUACCCAAUUAUGCACUCAAGUGUUUGGUCCAUCAAUGGUGUCAGGAGAACAAUAUCCCUGUAAUUGAUGGUACAACAUCUUCAUCUUCUUCAAGAUUGGAGAGAAGCAACAGCAAGAGAAAGACGAGUGAGAAAACAAUUGAUCACAUUUCCACCACAAAAACAGCCAACGAUGCUGUCAAAAUGACAGCAGAGUUUCUGGUGGGCAAACUGGCGACUGGAUCUCUGGAUAUCCAAAGGCAAGCAGCAUAUGAGCUUCGGUUACUUGCAAAAACCGGAAUGGAUAAUCGCAGAUUAAUUGCCGAGGCAGGAGCGAUUCCCUUUCUGGUGACAUUACUUGGUUCCCACGACCCAAGAAUUCAAGAAAAUGCAGUCACUGCCCUCCUCAACCUGUCCAUUUUCGACAACAACAAGACACUAAUAAUGUCAGCUGGUGCAAUUGACAACAUCAUAGAAGUUCUACAAUCAGGGAAAACCAUGGAGGCAAGAGAAAACGCAGCAGCAGCAAUCUUCAGCUUGUCUAUAAUAGAUGAUCACAAAGUGAUCAUUGGUGCUCAUCCCAGAGCCAUUCAAGCAUUGGUAGGGCUCCUCAGAGAAGGCAAUACAGCAGGGAAAAGGGACGCUGCAACAGCACUUUUUAACCUUGCAAUUUACAAUGCAAACCAGGCAAGUGUUGUUGUUUCCGGGGCAGUUCCAUUGCUCAUUGACUUACUAAUGGAUGACAAGGCAGGCAUUACGGAUGAUGCUUUGGCAGUGCUUUCUCUGCUUUUGGGGUGCUCUGAAGGGCUCGAGGAGAUAAGGAAGAGUAGGGUGUUGGUGCCGCUCCUUAUUGAUCUCUUGAGAUUUGGUUCUCCGAAGGGGAAAGAGAAUUCAAUAACUCUUCUAUUGGGUCUGUGCAAAGAUGGGGGAGACGAUGUUGCAAGACGAUUAUUGAUAAAUCCAAGAAGCAUACCUUCCCUCCGAAGCUUGGCUACAGAUGGGUCUCUAAAAGCUCGAAGAAAAGCUGAUGCUCUGCUUAGAUUACUCAGCAGAUGCUGCUCUCAAUCUCAAAAUCCUGUUGGAUAAGAGGCAGAGUAAACAAAAAAUAGCGAAAUAAGGAAGUGUAAAUUUGUGGAAAUUACAUACAUGGAAAUGGUGUUCAUUGGCUAUUUACAAUUACAGCUUCCAUACUUGUUCAAUUUUUUUUUUAUUUUUUUUUUCCCAAUUUGGGAUCAUCUCUCAGAUAAAGAGAGGAUAAGAAUCAAAAAAUAGUGAUUCAAAUCAAGAUUUCUCUGGUAUUCAAUGUCAAAUCACAAAAAGAAAAUAU